GGCCGCCUCGGGUGUCAUGGCGGCGUCCUGUGCGAGCGGCCGUUGGUGGCUGAGGCGGAGGGCCAAGGCGGCUUCCCUGGCAGCCCUGGGGCCUUGGCUGAGGCCGCUGAGGGGCCUCUGGAGCGCUGCCAGUGGGCCUAAGGCGGUCUCUGUGGAAGUGGGGAGCAGAAAACUGGAAAUCUCUUCUGGAAAACUCGCCAGAUUCGCUGAUGGAUCUGCUGUAGUGCAGUUAGGUGAUACAUCAGUGAUGGUGACAGCAGUCAGUAAAACAAAGCCUUCGUCAUCUCAAUUCAUGCCUUUGGUGGUUGAUUAUCGUCAAAAAGCCGCUGCAGCCGGAAGAAUUCCUACCAAUUAUCUAAGAAGAGAAUUGGGUUCUACAGACAAAGAAAUUCUUACAAGCCGAGUAAUAGAUCGCUCAAUUAGACCUCUCUUUCCAGCAGGGUACUAUUAUGAUACACAGAUCCUUUGUAAUCUUUUAGCUGUAGAUGGUGUCCAUGAUCCUGAGGUAUUAGCAAUCAAUGGAGCUUCUGCGGCCCUUACAUUGUCGGAUAUUCCAUGGAAUGGCCCUAUUGGUGCUGUGAGAGUAGGACUGAUUGAUGGAGAAGCUGUUGUUAAUCCCACAAGAAAAGAGAUGUCUUCCAGUACUUUAGAUUUAGUAGUCUCCUCAGGUCCACGUAGUCAGAUUGUUAUGUUGGAAGCUGCAGCAGAGAAUGUAUUACAGCAAGACUUCUGCCAUGCCAUCAAAGUGGGUGUGAAGCAUGCCCAGAAAAUAAUUCAAGGCAUACAACAACUGGCAAAAGAGCAAGGUAUUGCCAAGAGAACUGUCCAGAAGUUAUUCACUGCUCCUGAGGAGAUUGUGGAAUGUGCAAAGCAACUUGCAUCUGAAAAGAUCACAGCAGUGUUUUCAGACUUCACCCAUGAUAAAAUAUCACGAGAUGAAGCAAUAAACAAAAUCAGACUUGAAACAGAAGAACAGCUGAAAGAAAAGUUCCCAGAUGCUGAGUCAUAUGAAAUAAUGGAAUCUUUUAGUGUUGUUUCCAAGGAAAUCUUCAGAAACCUUAUUCUGAAUGAAUACAGAAGAUGUGAUGGUAGAGACUUGACUUCCCUUAGAAAUAUCUCCUGUGAAGUGGACAUGUUCAAAACCCUUCAUGGAUCGGCCCUAUUUCAGAGAGGUCAGACCCAGGUCCUUUGUACAGUUACGUUUGAUUCAUUGGAAUCAAGUGUAAAAUCUGAUCUUAUCACAACAGCCAUAAGUGGAAUAAAAGAAAAAAACUUCAUGCUCCAUUAUGAGUUUCCUCCAUAUGCGACUAAUGAGAUUGGUAAAAUUUCAAGUGCAAACAGAAGAGAACUUGGUCAUGGUGCACUUGCGGAGAAGGCUUUGAAGCCAGUGAUUCCCAGCGAAUUCCCUUUCACAAUAAGAGUUACUUCAGAAGUAUUGGAAUCAAAUGGGUCAUCAUCAAUGGCUUCUGCUUGUGGUGGGAGUUUAGCAUUGAUGGAUGCAGGGGUGCCAAUUUCAUCGGCUGUAGCAGGUGUUGCUGUAGGUCUGGUUACCAGGCCUAACUCAGAAAAAAAUGGAGACAUUGAGGAUUAUUGUUUGCUAACAGACAUUCUGGGUAUAGAAGAUUAUAAUGGUGAUAUGGACUUCAAAAUGGCUGGAACAAAUAAAGGAAUAACUGCUUUACAGGCUGAUAUCAAGCUACCAGGAAUACCCCUAAAAAUUGUGAUGGAAGCUAUUCAGCAAGCCACAGUGGCAAAGAGAGAGAUUUUGCAAAUUAUGAAUAAAGCAAUUGCAAAACCCAGAGCAAACAGGAAAGAGAAUGGACCACUUGUUGAAACAGUUCAAGUGCCAUUAUCGAAAAGGGCAAGAUUUGUUGGCCCCGGAGGUUAUAAUUUAAAGAAACUUCAAGCUGAAACUGGGGUUACUGUUAGCCAAGUAGAUGAAGAGACAUUUUCCAUAUUUGCUCCAACACCAGCUGCUAUGCAUGAAGCACAAGAAUUUGUUACUGAAAUCUGCAAAGAUGAUCAGGACUAUCAAUUGGAAUUUGGAGCUAUUUAUACAGCCACAAUUACAGAAUUGAGAGAUAUUGGGGUAAUGGUGAAAUUGUAUCCAAACAUGACUCCUGUUCUACUUCACAAUUCACAACUUGAUCAGAGAAAGAUUAAGCAUCCUAGCGCUCUUGGAUUAGAGGUUGGCCAAGAAAUCCAGGUGAAAUAUUUUGGACGUGAUCCAACUGAUGGCAGAAUGAGGCUCUCACGGAAAGUACUUCAGUCUCCAGCGUCAUCUGUUGUUAAAACAUUAAGUGACAAAAACAAUGUAGUAAUGGGAGGUGCAGUUCCAGAGUCUGCUACAUCAUCAUCCUAGCAGUUUUCAAAAGCAUAGGAGUAUUACUGGAUUUAGUCAAAACUGUGGACUUCUGAAAGAGACUGAGUAAUUGUUGCAAAAACCAUGUAAAUUAUCAUGCAGGUUCUUAUCAUGCAGAGUUGUAUACACACACAUUUCAAAUUUUGUAUAAAUAUAUUUGGAUGCCAGAUUAUUUUCAGUUGUGUUUUUCCUCCCAUGGAGUUUUUCCUUAACAGAGCUUAAUAAAUCAUGUAAAACCUGAGGCAGAGGUUUCUAAAUGAACAGAAUAGUUACCUUCAGCCACUGGAGAACAAAUCAGUGCCUAAUUAAUGCCUUACCUCUGAUACUGAGAGGUUCUUAAAGUUAUGUGCACUAAUAAUAAUAAUAAUAAUAAUAAUAAUAAUAGGAUUUAUUUAUAUGCCGCCCAAUCACUGGGAAUCCG